UUGACAGGAGCCAGGGAAGCCGCAAAGGACGCGGAGGACCUCUGGGUGCAGGGAGGGCAGCUGGUGGAGUCCGGGCCGCCUGGAGUGGUGGAGGAGAGGACCUCGAGCAGACCCUCCGCCGGGUCCCCCGCCGCCGCGCCAGCGCUCAGGGCGCGGCCGCUGCUCCGAGUGCCACCCGCGCCCCCCGGGGACGAGAGCCCCGGCGUCCCGCGCCCGUCACCAUGCUGCUCCCCCAGCUCUGCUGGCUGCUCCUGCUGGCCGGGCUGCUCCCGCCGGCGCCCGCGCAGAAGUUCUCGGCGCUCACGUUUCUGAGAGUUGACCAAGACAAGGACAAGGACUGCAGCCUGGACUGCGGGGGCUCGCCGCAGAAACCCCUGUGUGGGUCCGACGGGAGGACCUUCCUGUCCCGCUGCGAGUUUCAGCGCGCCAAGUGCAAGGACCCGCAGCUGGAGAUCGCUCACCGGGGCAACUGCAGAGACGUGUCCAGGUGUGUGGCUGAGAGGAAGUACACCCAGGAGCAGGCGCGGAAGGAGUUCCAGCAGGUGUUCAUCCCGGAAUGCAAUGACGACGGGACCUACAGCCAGGUCCAGUGCCACAGCUACACGGGGUACUGCUGGUGCGUCACGCCCAACGGGAGGCCCGUCAGCGGCACCGCCGUGGCGCACAAGACGCCCAGGUGUCCCGGUUCUGUAAAUGAGAAGUUACCCCAACGGGAAGGCACGGGGAAAACAGUCUCCUUGCAAAUCUUUUCCGUUCUGAAUUCAGAUGAUGCCUCAGCCCCCGUGCUGGACACUCAGCCGCAGGGAGACGAGGAAGAUAUUGCAUCGCGUUACCCCACACUUUGGACUGAACAAGUUAAAAGUCGACAGAACAAAACCAAUAAGAAUUCAGCAUCCUCGUGUGACCAGGAGCAGCAGUCGGCCUUGGAGGAAGCCAGGCAGCCGAAGAAUGACAAUGUGGUCAUCCCCGAGUGCGCCCACGGUGGCCUCUACAAGCCGGUGCAGUGCCACCCCUCCACCGGCUACUGCUGGUGCGUCCUGGUGGACACUGGACGCCCCAUCCCCGGCACGUCCACCAGGUACGAGCAGCCAAAGUGCGACAAUACGGCCAGGGCCCAUCCGGCCAGGACACGGGAUCUGUACAAGGGCCGCCAGCUCCAGGGCUGCCCCGGAGCCAAGAAGAAUGAGUUCCUGACGAGUGUGCUGGACGCGCUGUCCACGGACAUGGUCCACGCUGUCUCCGACCCCGCCUCCCCCAGCAGGCUCUCCGAACCGGACCCCAGCCACACGCUAGAGGAGAGAGUGGUCCACUGGUACUUCAAACUGCUUGAUAAAAAUGCCAGCGGGGACAUCGGCAAGAAGGAGAUGAAGCCCUUCAAGAGGUUCCUUCGGAAAAAAUCCAAACCCAAAAAAUGUGUGAAGAAGUUUGUCGAGUACUGUGACGUGAACGACGACAGAUCCAUCUCCCUGCAGGAGCUGAUGGGCUGCCUGGGCGUGGCGAGGGAAGAAGGCAGGACCCCCGCAAAGCGGCGUCCCGCCCCUAGAGGUAAUGCUGACAGCACUUCUAAUAGACAGCCAAGAAAGCAAGGAUAAGUGGCUGGAACAUCCACGGCGGUCCCUCGACACGUGGGAGACUCCCUCACCAAAAAGCAAUUAAAAACCAAAAACGAAACACAGAGUAUUUGCACUUUGUAAACUGUAAAUUCACUUUGUAGAAAUGAGAUAUUGAAACAGACUGCUUUCAUCUGUGAAAACGGAAGGGCUGGCUUCAGAAAAUUAAUCACAUACAAUGUAUGUGUCCUCCUUUGACCUUCAAAAUCUGUAGUUGGUGGAGAUGUAUUUGAAAUGGAUUUAAGCUUAAUUUCUUCAUCCUACACAUGUUAACGUAGCAGAAACCUUUGCCUCAGGGGCUCCGGCUCCAGCCCUGAGCCCCCCCUCCCACUAGGGGUCCCGCCAGGUUUGCUUCGGAAUCAACUGUCCCGACAGCAUUGCUGAACGGGUGUUGGAAGCGUUGAUUCCGGAGGAGUUUGGGAUCUACAGCCGUUCUCAUCACGCAGUUCACACGUGCAUGGGUUUGUCUGCUUCUUGGGGUUCCAUGUUGACUUGUUUUGUUCUGCCUUCCCAAGAUCCCCCUCCCCCCGUGAGCUGGCCAACCACUACGCAGUCUUUACAGGGAGCUCCCUGGUAGAGAAGAGUAUUUUUCAAACUGUUUUUGGAAGAGUUGGUGCUGGCUUUUCCAUUUCAGGCUUCUGUUUGAGUUGUGCCUUGGGCGCAGAUUAUUCAUGCAGUAAAAUGCUCCAGAAUUAAUUCUGCAUCCGGAGGCAGCAUAAAGCAGCCUGUCGUUCAGAAAAGCAAAUUUAAUCAUGACCUGACCAAGCCAGCUAAACGCGCUUGUCAGCCUGCUUUCACUUGGACGCCCGGCCCCUGCCCAUCCUACCGUGGUCCCCGGGGGUCCGCUGGGAGGUAAAACUAUGCCCUGAGCAAACUCUGAGCAGCCUCCUCAGAGGAGGCACAGCCAGGAUAAGCUGUGCUGGGUGUUGGUCUUGGCCGCCAGGGACAAGUGCCCGUGGUCCCCUGCGUCCCCUCGUGCUCCUGGAAGUCAUCUGAGUAGGGCUUGAGAGGGACGGGUGGGGACCUGUGAACACCAGAACUGGCCUGCGUGGGAGCCGACCGCCCCCUCAGAGCUGGACCUGGGCAUCCCUGAGCGAGCAGGCACCCACCGGCUCCACAGAGCAUCGGGGCGACGGCCCCAGAGCUGAGGGGCGAGUUGCAAUGCUGUCUCAGCUCUAGCUUUGGGUUGCAAAACAAAAGUCUCCCUGGCCCCGAAUCCCCCAACACCGGCCUGUAAAAUGCUCUGUGAACCCGCAUGAGGACGUUUUGCGAGGUGUCUUCCUUAUUUAAACUGCAUGAAACUGAAAACGGAAACUGUGGAGCCACAAGACCAGCUCAAGUGGGUGUCAUCUUUGUUUAAGGAGCAGUUACGAUCCUAAGUUUAUGGGAUAAUCUUUUAUAUUCUGAACUUUGAAUUUAAUCAUUUUUCUUAGAUGGAAAUAAAGUACGCUUUCAGAACCGUC